AAAUUAGUGUAAACUGAAUAGCAAUGCGGUUUCAAUUAAUUAUCAUUUAUAUAUCGCUUUUGAUACUUUCUAACAUAUUUAAGACAUUCAGUGCUAAAUAUGAGCCAAACUGGGCUUCUCUUGACUCGCGUCCUCUACCGGAUUGGUACGAUAAAUCAAAAAUAGGGAUCUUUAUCCACUGGGGGGUGUUUUCUGUUCCCAGUUAUUCGUCAGAAUGGUUUUGGUGGUCAUGGAAGGGACAAAAAGUACCUGGUGUUGUAGACUUCAUGGAAAAGAAUUACCCGCCAGAUUUUACUUACGCCGAUUUUGCACCUAAAUUCACUGCUGAGUUUUUUAAUGCUGACCAGUGGGCCCAAACAUUCCAGGCCUCAGGAGCAAAGUACAUUGUGUUUGUAAGCAAGCAUCAUGAAGGUUUCUGUAACUGGCCAUCCAAAUAUUCUUUUAACUGGAAUUCUGGUGAUGUGGGACCUAACAGAGAUAUAGUGGGAGAAUUAGCAGACUCAAUAAAAAAUAAGACGGAUAUUCAUUUUGGACUGUACCAUUCCUUAUUUGAGUGGUUUCACCCACUUUAUGAGAAAGACAAGGCCAAUAACUACACAACACAGGACUUUGUCAGGACAAAGACAAUGCCAGAGCUGUAUGAACUUGUUAACAGAUAUAAACCUGACAUAGUUUGGUCAGAUGGAGACUGGGAAACAACAGACACAUACUGGAAUGCUACACAAUUUCUGGCAUGGCUGUAUAAUGAAAGUCCAGUGAAAGACACAGUGGCUGUAAAUGAUCGAUGGGGAAAUAACAUCAGGUGUAAACAUGGAGGGUUUUUGAAUUGUGAUGACAGAUUCAAUCCAGGAAAAUUGCAGACGAGGAAGUGGGAGAAUGCAAUGACCAUUGACAAGUUUUCCUGGGGAUACCGCAGAAGGGCAAUCAUUACUGAUUACCUCACAAUGAAAGACAUAGCAAAAGUCAUAGCUACAACUGUAAGUUGUGGAGGAAAUGUGCUCAUCAACAUAGGACCAACACAUGACGGGCGGAUUGCACCUGUAUUUGAGGAACGCCUAAAACAAAUGGGUCAGUGGCUGGGAGUGAAUGGAGAGGCCAUCUAUGAAUCUGUGCCCUGGAGUCACCAGAAUGAUACUGUCACUCCGGAUGUGUGGUACACAUCAAAGAAAACAUCACAGGGUAUUGCUGUAUAUGCCAUAGUCUUGAGUUGGCCCAAAGCAAACCAGCUAUUGCUUGGGGCACCUGUUACAUCUACAACAACCGUGGUUUCCAUGCUUGGUUACCAAGGCAAUUUCAGCUGGAAACCCAAUACUGGUAGUGGAUUGGUCAUUCAGAUACCGGUUAUACCUUUUGACAAAAUUCCAAGUCAGGAUGCUUGGGUGUUUAAACUGAUAGGACUCAAAAAUUGAAGUGGUUCUAUUUUAGAUUCUCUUUAUUAUAGUGCCUUGUAAAACCUGCACAAGGUUGACUUUGAAAGUUACUUCUCAUUGUAGAUUAACAUUCUUAUUAUUCUCCACUGUGAUUUAUUUAGCAUAUUGGUAGAAAAGUAAAUUGUUAUGUCAGUUAUUUAUGAUAAAGACAAUCUCACUUGAAAAAAAAACAGGUAUUAUGAGAAAGGUACAUAUAUAUUAGACAUAAAUAUUGAUUUUAUUUACAUGUAUAUUAUGUUUUCUUUCUGUAUAUUUAUACUAUGAAUUGUAUUUUUCAGUCAAUUUUCUUUUCACAAAGAUACAGACUUGCAUUAUUUUGAGAGGAAGUAGUUUUCAGAAAUUAUCCUCAUGAUUUCGUGUCACUUCCUGUUAUACGGUAAUUGAUAUGAACUUUAAUACAUUGAAACCUUUUUUUUAAAAGUUCAGUGUAUGUUAUGUUGCCUGUUCAGUUUUGUUCCUUUUAUGUAACUCUGUUCAAUGAUUUAUCCAAGGUACAUGAUUUAUUCAAGGUACAAUUUAAAAAAAAUCUAUAACAGUGACAUCACAAAGUUCAUUAGUCAUAAAGUUCAUCAGUUAUAUGUACAUAGUGUAUGUUUUCUGUGAUUGAAAAAAAAUGUUUAUAUCAAUGAGUCCUGUGAUUUUUUUAACAAGUGAUAUAAUAAUGUAUUUAUACAGAUAUGUUAUAUUUAUACACGUACUUGUAAGGGGCACCAAACUCAGUUGAAAAUUAAAAAAAAAAAAGCAUCAAACAGCGCGCAUCAUCACAAAAAAUGUAGACAGUAUUAUGUGUAACUUUAGUGUGAAAACAAAACCAAUUUGGAUAAUGAAUAAGAAUUGUAAUGUGAUAUAAUAUUUGCAAAUGCUUAUAUUUUUUAAGCCUCUAGUGUUGUGUUAUUGUAAUUAAGGUACUAUUUUGUAAUUGCAUGAUUUAAAUAAUGUAGUUAAUAUGGUAAUUAAAAAUCCAUUAAAUUUCCCUUUGCUAAUAGAGUGUUAGGAAAAGCAGACAGUAUGGGCAAUAUUGGAAAAGUAAAUGUAUACUAUUCUCUUUCUUUAUUAUUAUUGUAUACUUAGCAUUAAUAUUCUACAUACACAACUUAAUUUCUCAGUGUUUUUGAUACCACAGUGUUCACCAAAGUGAUACUGACUUUCUGUUUAGAACAAAUUUUUAUUACUGUAUAUUAACAUACUGUAUAAGUGGAAUUUUUAGUGGGACACAAAUUUAGCGAUUUAUCCUUAAAAAUUGGUAUAUAUUUUUAGCGAGAAGUAAUUUUAUUUUUUAAUUUUAUAAUGCCAACAAAAGAAGCUAUUACAACCAGUAUGCAUUUAAAUAUUAGCGAUAUUCAAUUUUAGCAAUCUGAACACCCUCACUAAUAAUGCCAAAAUUUAAUCCUUGCUAAGAAUUCUUCUUAUAAGGUAUAUACAGUGUAUAUGUCUCUAGAUAAGAUGAAUGUAAAUUAUUCAAUUGAAGACAAAACAUUACUUAUCCUUUAUAAUUACAUUCCAAUUAUUAUGCAAUAUCAUCAAUAUCUAGAAUAUGCUGAAUAAAUUAUGUAUUCUUUUCUUUCUCUCAGUAAA